AAGAAACACAAAUCUGCUCUGAGAAAGCUCUGUACCCAAUAAGUAAGCCCGAAGAGGCAUGUUUGCUAGCUGAUGCCCAGCAGAUAAGCCUGGCAAACUUCGGUGUGAUUGAAGAAGCCAGUUGGAGACUCAGCCUCGUCCAGGCAAGCUGCUGGGACCUGCUGCUCUCAACAAACCUUGACGCAAUGGUGUUCGCGUUUUGGAAGGUCCUUCUGAUCCUAAACUGCCUUGUAGGUCAGGUUAAUGUGGUACAAGUGACCAUCCCAGACAGUUUUGUGAAUGCGACUGUUGGAUCUGAUGUCACUCUCAUCUGCCUGUACACCACCUCUGCAACCUCCUUAGAUAAGCUUUCCAUCCAGUGGUCUGUCACCCAUCAGGAGGAGUUGGAGCCAAUUUCUGUCUACUAUUUUGAAAGUGGACAAGGUACAGGCAUCGGGGAAUUUAAAGAUCGUGUUAUAGCAUCCAAUAGUCCAGGUAAUGCGUCUAUCACUAUUUCACAUGUGCAGCCAGAAGACAGUGGAGUUUACAUCUGCGAUGUUAACAACCCCCCAGACUUUGUUGGCAAAAAUCAAGGCACUCUCAACUUCAAUGUGUUAGUCAAACCUUCUAAGCCCCUUUGUAGCAUUCAAGGAAGACCAGAAGUCGGUCAUACGAUCUCUCUCUCCUGCCUCUCUACACUUGGAACGCCUGCCCCUGUGUACUACUGGUAUAAAAUAGAAAGAAACAAUAUCAAACCCAUGAAAUCAAAUCCAACCACCGGGACUUUGGUUAUUGGAAAUCUAACAAAUUUUGAACAAGGUUAUUACCAGUGUACUGCUAUCAACAGCCUUGGCAACAGUUCCUGUGAAAUUGAUCUAACUACUGCACAUCAAGAAAUUGCAAUCAUUAUCGGGGCCGUGGUAGGAACCCUGGGAGGUGCUGCCAUUAUCUUCUCUAUUGUGUGCUUCGCAAGGAAGAAGACAAAGGCAAACGAAAGGAAGAGAACUUCCAAAACCAUCACCGAACUUGAACCAAUGACGAAGAAAAACCCAAAUGCAGAGGGUGAAGCAAUGCCAAGAGAUAACAUCAUCCAAUUAGAAGCAGCAGCCCUACCUUCCACUGUCACCAUCCUGGGACCAGACCAGCAUGCACUAGGACAUGCCCCAGACAUGGCCUCAGGAUUAGAUCCUUUUGCUAUCCCUGAGCUUGAUCUCGACCUGGAGCUGGAGCCAGAUCUGGAUCUGGAAAUGGAGUCAGAGCCAGAUCCUGGGAUUAUAGUUGAGCAUUUCUGUGAUGAUGAAAAGUGAGGGGUUAAGGCAUAGGCUGGUGGCCCAACUCCAGCAUCAUCACUAAGGAACCCAUUACUGGCAUUUGGAAUUCUGUUGAACUAACCAGCCCCUACUUCUGCCUUACGUGUUGAUCAACCCUCCUCUAAUACAGUGCUCAUUACUAUCGCAAAUCCUGAAUAAACAUGGCAAGAUAACUAACUACUAAAUAAAUGCAAGGGUUCCUGAAUUGCCAGAAUACUUACAAUUUUACUAACAUGUAAGUCUAACAAAUGACAAAGCAAGUGAUUUCUAAAUUAGUUGAAAGAGUUUUGUAAUAGUACUUAUAUUUCAGAAAAUCUUAUUGACAAGAUGGCAUUAAUUAGAUUCAAUAUUACUGGGAUUACUUCUAGGAUUGUCGGGGCUACCCUAUUCAUUUUUAUAUUGAGCACUAAGGAAAGAAUUCACCAACAUUAUGUCAUAGAUUGGGGAAAAGUUCUUCAAAAAUAACAGAGGAGAAUGCGUAAAAGAUAUGUAUCAAUUGAUCCAUGGUAUUUAAAACCAGGUCUUGUAAUUAAUGCUCCAUUCAUCAUGUUAGAUUUCCCAAGGAGUUACCCUGGUAUCCAAUUAUCUGAGCCUAGCAUCUUUUUUUAAAUAACCCAAUUUAUAAAUGCCAAAUAAUGUAUAAGCAAACAAUACUAUGUCUUUGAAUGAGCUAUUAUGUUACCAUGAUGUCUGAUGUGAUCUACUUUGAAAAGCAGCCUAGGAAAGUAUUCCAAAUGAACACUCGUGAUCUAUUUUAGAUAAUCUUAAAUGUUGGUACAUUCAAACACUAAUAUAGAGAUAUGGAUCCUGUAUACAUGCUAAAUAUUAACUAAAAUACAUUAAUAUCACUUCUUCUUCCCCUGUUAAAAAGCUUUUGGUGAUCAUAUUUCACCCACAUCCCACCUUGAGGAAAUUUAUAGGCAGACUCACUUUUUCACUUGUGAAAUGAAUCUUAUGUUGACUUUUACUUUAAGGCUCAAUAAAUAAUA